AUGGAGAUGCACCUACCUGCCCUCGUCUGUUUGGCCUUUAUAUGUGGGAAUGCAGAACCGUCAGUGCGGGUCUGGGCCGGCAGUUCUACAGUACUGAGGUGUCGGCAGGAUCCCGGGGACAGUUUACUGAUGCUCAUAUGGAAGGUGCAGCUACUAGAUAACUCUCGCUGUAUCCUGUCAGUGAGUAGGGAAAACCUGGCCAACUACAACAACUGCAGUGAGAGGGUGAGGCAGGAGAAUACGUCCCUCAGGAUAGAGAAUACGACAGUAACAGACCAAGGCACCUACACCUGUGAGCUUGUAACUUACCUUGGGACCUUCUUCACCUCUGUUUUAUUAGAGGUUUUAGUUCAGCCUUCCGUGACGUUGGAGCUAAACAAGCUUGGGGUUCCUGAGUGCCGGGCACAUGGGGGGAACCCAGCGGCAAAUAUCUCAUGGAUCCCAGAAGGUUCCAUCAGUACAAACAGAGCAAUGGAGCCAGAUAGGAGCUGGACAGUUAGCAGCACUUACACUGCAACCAGCAGCAAUGUCACCCAAGUGACUUGUAUAGUGUCCCACCCAACAUUCCCACAGCUUCACAGCACCGCCAUCAGCACCGCCGGCUCGCAACCGCCAGUGUCAGUGACAGAGUCAGUGCGGGUCUGGGCCGGCAGUUCUACAGUACUGAGGUGUCGGCAGGAUCCCGGGGACCAAUUAGUGUUACUCACAUGGAAGGUGCAGCUACUGGAUAACUCUCACUGCACCCUGGCACUGAACUGGGAAAACCUGACCAACCGCAACAACUGCAGUGAGAGGAUGAGGCAGGAGAAUACGUCCCUCAGGAUAGAGAAUACGGCAGUAACAGACCAAGGCAACUACACCUGUCAGUUUGUAAAUACCCUUGGGACCUUCUUCACCUCUGUUUUAUUAGAAGUUUUAGGCGUAGUGUUCAGAACACCCCAGAGGUAG